UUUAGAAUAGUCUUAGCUAAUCUUCCAAGAUGCAAAACGAAGAGGGUCAGAUCACAGAGUUAUACGUUCCUAGGAAAUGCUCUGCUACUAACCGGAUGAUCACAUCGAAGGACCAUGCCUCUGUGCAGCUCAACAUUGGUCAUUUAGAUGCUGAUGGUAUCUACACCGGACAGUUCACUACCUUUGCUCUCUGCGGUUUCGUUCGUGCCCAGGGAGAUGCAGACAGUGGUGUGGACAGGCUAUGGCAGAAGCAGAAGGUCGAAGCCAAACAGAUUUAAAGAGCUUAUAAAGCUGUUUUUUUUUUUAUCGUUCUCGGACAUACACUGAAGUAAUGAUUUUUUGCUUGACCUUUUGUUUUAUUGCAAUCGGUGAACUUGUUUCUUCUGAUUCGCUAGUAAGAUUAUAACUUCAAUU